AACCUACUGUACCAUCUAGGAUAAAAAGAAAUCCAUAUGCCUCAGCAAUGAGUAGGUUGCCGACAAUAUGGUCAAAAGAUCGAGGUUGUCCUUCUCGAACUGUUCCCGUUAAGAGAAUUACGAAGGAUGAUCUCAUCAGACAAAGAGAUAUGCCACUGCCGGAACCCAUCAACUUCAAAGAUCAAGUUGGCAACAACAAUAGUGAGCCAAUAGGAAGAAGCUACACAACUUCAUAUGGAUAUAAGCGUGCAAUACUUCAAACCCUAGAAGAUCCAAAUGCAAAGUUUUCGGGAGCUGGAAUGGCACCAAAUUUGUUCAAUCCUCAUGUUGAAGGCAAACAACAUAGUGGUUGUCGAAUAAGAAUUCUAAGAGGGUCGGAUAGCAUGCAAGUUGGUUGGCGAGUGGAUCCAACAUUAUAUGGGGAUAAUAAAACUAGACUUUUUAUACAUUUUCAGACAGGUAAUACUCAUUGUUUCAAUACAUUAUGUCCCGGAUUUGUACAUGUAAACACCGAUUUUACUCUUGAUAUGCCAUUCGACACUCUUUCACAACCCGGAGGGCCGUCAUGGGAGGUCCCGAUGUACCUUUAUCGGGAUCAUGGAACUGGAAACUGGUGGCUUCUAAUAGGACCAGACUUUGCAUCAAUUGGUUUUUGGCCACAUAAGAUCUUCACUUUGUUGAAAAGUUAUGCUUCGACUGUUCAAUGGGGAGGAGUCGUAUAUAGUCCACCGGGUGUACCUGGACCUCCAAUGGGCGCGAGUUUGUUUCCUAGCGGAGAUGCUACGAAGGAUGCCUACUGUAGGAGCAUUACAGUUUCAAAUGAAGAAGGAGAUUCAGUUGGAAUAGUGGAAGCAAUCAGACGUACUGAUAAUUAUUUUGAUUAUGAAAUUCUGUUCAAACGAAUUGAGGUAGGUUCAGACUCUUUUACUUAUGGUCUUUAUGGUGGACCUGGUAGUUCUUCAUGA